CAUCACUCAUCGUGCAGCAACGGAGGUAUACCCUUUAGCGACUGAUCACAUCCCCUAGCCGAAUUUUGAGGUCAUCGUUGUUGCCGAUAAUGUCUACGGUUGACGUCGCCAGAGCCAAGCGGGAGGCCGCCUUGGAACAUCUCAAAUUUUCCAAGCGGUCAAAGAUGAAUGCCUCUAAUUCAAGCCUCACUAGCUCGGCGUCAACGAUAGCGCCGAACGCACUGUCCGUAGCAUCGCUGCCGUCGCAGUCUAGAGAUGCCACUGUGUCAUCGCGUUUUUUUCCUCCGUCUUCCCCAUCGACUGCUGGUACCAUUCUUGUCCCUGAUUCAAGUCCCAGCGCCUCUCCGGUCAAUCAUGGCCUGCGUCAGUCCAAUAAUGCUGGACAGGGCAGUGACGUGGCGCCAGCCGUGGCGGUUGUACAGGGCGGGCACUGGAAUUACUCGUCGCAUACAGGCGGCAUUGAUCCACUGGCUGGGCCGAGCGGGUUUGUGUCGAGCGGAAGAACAGGCAAGGGGGUUCUGCGACGGCCGUGGGAUAGCGAUGAUAGCCAUAGUGAAGAGCCGCCUCGUAAGCGACUGAACGCGUCCUCCACCGACGUCGUGAAUUCACCGGACUCGCCGGCAAUUCAACGCGCUGGGCAGCGCCGUCGCAAUGUUGCCUACGCCGACGCCCAAUCGACAGCAUCGGACGAAUCGUUGCCUGAGGUUGUCAACAUAAACGCCGAUGCUGCCAGACUGCGUAUUUUUCGUGGUCAUCCGUCUGAUUCGUCUCCAUCGAACAGUGAUCCGCUAGCAUCAGACCAGAAAUUUGUUCGUUUCAAGCUCACUAUGCCAAUGGAGUCUCCUGAUCGUGUCAAGGCUGCCUGGCUCCAAGCUAGCGGAGACGUGAGGCGGGCGACCUCAUUACUAUCAGACCCGGACUGGGUUGCCAAACCCUCCCCCACACCCACAAAAAUAGCUUCGCCGGCCAUUGGACGUGUAGAUGGCUAUGUCGAGUCUACGAAAGCCCAGCGCGUUGCAGCCAAAGAGAAGGGGAAGAAGUCCAUGAUUUACGCCAACCGUCUUGAGAUCGACUCGCAAGUUGCGAGCACUUCGACACCACCUCCUUCCAAGCAUGCCUUGAACACAUCUACAGUUGAUCCCUCGUCUGUAGUUCGACCCGCAGGCCGUAAACGUGCAAAGAAGAUGGUAUUGGACACCGACUCAGAGGACGCAAGCGAGAGUGAAGACGGCCAUCAAUACAAGCGGCGUCGACAGGAGGACACAGAUGAAGCGCGGACAUUGGCUUUUUUUAACUUGAAAAAUGCAGAAGCACUGCAACAACUAACAGGUUGCACUUCUGCGCAGGCCAAUACUAUAAUAGGGCUGCGACCUUUUGACACCGUUGAAGACUUGAAUUCAAAACUUGGCCAGGGGAAGAAGAAAUCUGGCCCGGCCGGCAUCAGUCCUCGUCUCUUUGACGAUUGUACUGACAUCUUCAAAGGAUAUGGCGCAGUCGACCGUAUACUAGAGGAAUGCGAAGACAUAGGAUCUAACCUUCGUUCAGUCAUUGCUGGCUGGGCAUCCGGUGUUGAUGUCGACAAGGGCAAAGGCAAAGCUCGAGCAGAUAUUCCGGAAUCCGAGGCAAACCAAGAUGGAUCCCUCAACCUUCGUUCCAUUGCACCACUGAAGGACCAGCAUGCCAAAAGCUACCUUGUCUCUCAGCCAUCGCUUCUAUCACCAAACGUUCAACUCAAAGAUUAUCAGCUUUUGGGUGUCAAUUGGCUGCGUCUCCUCUAUGACCGUAAGCUAAGUUGUAUUCUGGCGGACGAAAUGGGCCUCGGCAAAACCAUCCAAGUUAUAAGUUUCUUUGCACAUCUAAAGGAGCAUGGACGGAAUGGGCCACAUCUCAUUGUUGUUCCAUCUUCUACGCUGGAGAACUGGGUUCGCGAGUUUACACGCUUCGCUCCUUCGAUCAAAGUGCAGACGUAUUAUGGCAGUAAGGACGAGCGUGUUCAUCUUCGCCAGAAUCUUUUAGAUACACGACCCCACAAAACUACGGACGAUGGAUGGAACGUUCUGAUCACCACUUACAAUCUUGCGCAGGGUGAUGGAGAUCGUAAAUUCUUCCGUCACGUCGACUGGGAUUCUUGCGUUUUCGAUGAAGGACAUGUUCUCAAGAAUUUCCAGUCCCAACGAUACCAAGCUUUGCUGAAGGUCGAUUCGAAGUGGCGCCUUUUGUUGACAGGGACACCGUUGCAAAACAAUCUACAAGAACUUGUGUCACUCAUGAACUUUAUAUUGCCUGAACAUUUCUCCGACACGAUAACCGAAUUGCGAGCCAUUUUUAAAGUCAAAGGUGACUCGAAGGUGACGUUACUAGCGCAGGAGCGAGUGUCACGGGCAAAGAAAAUGAUGACACCUUUUGUCCUAAGGCGACGGAAAGAUCAAGUUCUCACUGAUCUACCAAAGAAAACUGAGCGCUUCGAAUGGUGUGAUAUGACGUCACUGCAAAAGACUAUUUAUCGGGACACGCUGAAGCGCUCCCGAAAGACGAUAUAUGAUGUAGAUGCCUCUACAGCCUCUACACCCCUUGAAGACGCCGCAGCAAAGGGUCGUAAACCUACGAAGAAGCCCCGGACAAAAGACAAACUAUAUCUCGAGAACAGCACUAACGUUCUUAUGGAUCUGCGCAAAGCGGCUGCGCAUCCUAUGCUCUUUCGAAAGCUCUUCACUGACGACAUCUUGUCAGGGAUCACAAAGCAGCUUUUAAAGGAACCCGAUUUUAAGAGGCGAGGCGCGCUCUUCGACAUCGUCAAGGAGGACAUGUCGGUGAUGACAGAUGCUGAAUUACAAUUGCAUUGCGGGACGUACAAGUCAACCAAAAAGUUCCUCCAAGACGACGAAUGCUAUCUUAACUCUGGAAAAGUUCAAGCGUUACUUAAAUUGCUGCAAAAUUACAACAAGGAUGGACGGAAGGUUUUGAUUUUUUCACAAUUCACCCAGAUCCUUGAUAUACUUCAGGUCGUUCUGAAGCAGAAGGAUAUCCGCUUCCUCGUUCUAACCGGGUCUACGGCUGUAGACGUACGUCAGUCUCUCGUGGACGAAUUUGCCGAAGACGAAAACAUUCCGGUCUUUUUGUUAUCAACGAAAGCUGGCGGCAUGGGCAUAAAUUUGACCGCAGCUUCAGUUGUUAUCAUGUUCGACCAAGAUUUUAAUCCGCACAAUGACCGCCAAGCACAAGACCGUGCGUACCGCAUUGGGCAGAAGCGUGAUGUGGAUGUCGUGAAACUAAUAUCACGGGGAACUAUAGAAGAGGAUAUGCUGAGGUUGGGCGAAACGAAGUUGGCUCUUGACGAGGCCGUCGCAGGGGAGACGGACGACAAAGAGGACGCUGCAGCAGAACGAGAGAUAAAGACAUCCUUGAUGAGUGUGCUGCGAGAACAAUUCGAGCGACAGGAAGAGCUGGCGACAGAUAACUCUACGACCUAGAUUCAAAUGGACAGAUAAUAGGGUGCGGUGUAAGACGUGUUCUCAAGUCUAUACAGAUUUGUACCGAUUUUGUAUUUUUAUAGAGAUAAUAUUCGCGGUCAAGCAAAGAUGGACAUGCCUCGAACAAGGCGAUCAACACUGGAACGGAAGUAUUCGUUGUCUAUUCCACGUUCUGUAGAGUCCAUGCUAACGAGCGGAUUGCGAGUGACAUAUUCAAGGAACGGGCCAACGUAUAUCUGGCGAAGGACGAACCGAAGAGAGUCUGUAUUUGGGUCACUGAGCAUGACGAACUUAUACCCUGAAAUUGUCUCAAAGAGGUGUAGCUUGUACGCAGAGGUGCGAUAGUUCACAAACUGCUCGUCU